AUGCAUUCGUCAUCACUCUGCUUGUACUCUCUGCGGGCGAUCCUUUGGCUAAAUACUGGCCUCUGGGAGAUACAGAACCAGUCAAAGAGCCGACUUCAUCCUUCAGGACGUCGACAAACACCUGAUGAGGUGGCGUACAUCCGCUUCGCAUCUGCACGGAUGUCUGACUUGAUUUUUAUCAGAGUACACACGACAGCCUGCGAGGCAUUAAGUUAUGGGCUUGUUGCAAGGCGGUUUACGGAUUCAGAAAAACAUAAAAAAUGCUGUUAG